GUUUCCCGUGUUAUUGGUUGAUGGUUUCCUUGCAUUGUUCGUCGUGUGAACAUUUUUCCAAUGAAUUGUGAAAGUUUUUAUUAUUUAUUUGUUAUUAAGUGUUAGUAUCAACUCGUCGCGAUGGCGAAGUUAGUCGAUGUUUUCAAAAGUGAAACCCAAGUCUUGGGUAAAAGACAAUUACCCCUUAAAAUUGACGACUGUCUGACGCUUGUUAUGGAUUUGAAUAGCAUGGGUCUCGUCUAUGAUAAUCCCAUUGUCCGAGGGAAAGAGUUAGACGAGUUUACACGGAAUUACAACAUUCUGACUCUGGAAGAAGUCAAGCAAGCAUUUCAAGUCACAUGUAAAGAUUUAUUAGAUAUCCUAAGUCAAACAAUUCCAUGUGUCGGCUGCAGAAGAAGUGUCGAACGCUUGUUCUAUCAACUGACGGCCUCAGGACAUCCAGCUUUAGACCCUCUGGUGGUAACAGUUGAUGGUAUCUUAACCAUUCAAGAUGACCAUUUGGCAUGGCCCCAAGUUUUGUGUACCUUGCUCCAUGGACAUAGUACACGUCUAAACAGUCUGGCUGCCUGUUGGCCACGGUCCCGCAAGAGCCGACGCUGUGUUCUCCACUCUUUGGAUAGUCAAAGACUAUCCCGUCCAAUGUUGUCUUGGAGAGACGUAUGGGACUGCAUGCGCCCGGAAUGUCGCGAAGAGGUAGCAUUAAUUGAUAGCUACACCUUGUUGGACACGCUCAAUAACUAUUUGAAUAAACACAGGUUUUGCAGUGAAUGUAGAACUAAAGUCAUGAAAGCGUACACGUUGUUAGUUGAAGAGCCACAGCCAGCAAGAGAGAAAGGUUAUAGGGCAGAACUGUACUCUAGUAUCCGACGGUGUCUACUGGACAAUCAUGUUCAUCUUGAUACCAGGAUCGAUUACAUUAGCUUCCUAAUAGCGCGGGCAGAGCCUGAAUUGAUGGGCAACGGCAGAAGAGAACGACACGCUAAAUCGUUAGAGGUGGCUCAAGAGGAAGUAUUAACGUGCCUUGGUCUUGUUAUCUACGAAAGGUUGUAUCGAAUUCAAUUGAGAUUGCGGGAAGAACAGUGUACAUGUCAAGUUCUAGCGGCUGUUGCAAUAGACGCCCUGUGUAGAAAGUUUCAGAUGGCAAUAGAAAAAAAACGAGGUGUUUCAAAACUGGAAUUGUUAUGCAAAGAACUCAAUAGAGAGGAACAGCUAGAACGAAGGAGGAAAGAGAGCAAGAAAUUAAAGCGCAAGAAGAAGAAGGAAAAGAAAGCUGAAAUGAAUAAUAAAUGUGAUCCAGAAGAGGUGCCAGAGGAAGAAGAAGAACCAGAACCGGUUUGUGAGGACUGCGACGAAAACUCAAGCUCUAGUGAAUCUGAGCAGUACAUUGAUCAUUUCUGUAAUAUUAAACAGACAAAGUCAUGUAAAUCGGCAGUUGUUGUGGAACCGACUAGCUGUACAGACUGUGAUGACAUGAUAAGUGUUACAAACCGGAAGAAAAACAAGAAUUCCAAACUAACCGGCGGAAAGACGAAGAUACAGGAGCCAAAACAAAACCUGAAAAAACAACAACAGCAGCAGCAGCAACGACAGAACCAGCCAAAAAUACCACUGCCGUCCAAAAACAACAAGAAAAACUCAUCCAUUGCCAAUGGGAACUCCAACAGGGAGAAACCCACUGUCAAGUGCCAGUCCUGCGACCAAGAGCCGUGCGGAGACUCACAUUCAGAACGCUCACAUGACUGCGGUUAUGGCUCUUCAGAAAAUAACCACAAUAGCACUUCUUCUUCCCCUGAAGGUUCAGAGGUUGCGUGCUCUGAAGGGUUUUGUAAUCAUGAAGGUGUUGUUAACUCAGAUGACCACAAUUGCGAUCCAGUAUGCAAACUCCGGAGCCUAUGCAUUCAUAAUCAUGAUGGUGUCAUGAGUCUGGAACAAAUGCUUGAGGAAUCGAGCUCAUCAGGGGAAGAGUGUUUCAUUCCAUUAGAGGAAAUCAAGGAAUUUCAAGCAAAUUCUGGCAACCUCAAACAGAAGCGUUUAGAACUGCGAGAAAGGCUCAAGGAAAGCUUUGUUCAGUUUUGCGAUAAAAUUCCUAAUGUGAGUCAGUUUAGGUAUAGAACUAAUGCGAAGAACUGAUUAGGUUUGCCUUAUAAGUUGAACAUUUUUAUUGUUUAAUAUUUAUUACAAAUGGAAAAGAUUUUUGUUCUUUUUUAGUUGAAAUCAGUAAUUUUUAUAUGCCUGAAAAAUCUUAGUUAUUCUUUUUUAUUU